CGCCGCUAUGAAUUGAAUCAGUUAAAUUCGUGCCGUGCGUCGUGUCGUGACGUGUUGUGUUGCGUCGCGACGAGCCCGCUCUCCAUCGAGCAGUUCCAUCCGAUCUUCAUCCUCUCGCCGCAGCAGAGUUUCUUGUGCAGUUGCCGUUGUAUUUGCUGAUCAACUAGCAAGAUGGGGUGUGGAAUGGGAAUGAUCAAGUACCUGCUCUUCAUAUUCAACUUCAUAUUCGCGCUAUGUGGCCUGGCUAUACUGAUCGUGGGUGUCAUCGUGCACCUGCAACUCACGCACUACGCCGAGGCGGUUAAGGAGAACGUGAUGUUCCCGUCGAUAACGUUGAUCGUGAUUGGCAGCAUAAUCUUCAUUAUCGCCUUCUUCGGAUGCUGCGGAGCGAUUCGCGAGAGCCACUGCAUGACCGUGACGUUUGCAUCAUUGCUCCUGGCGAUCCUGAUCAUACAAGUGGCUGUCGCGAUCUACGCUUUCGUCGCGCUCAAGAAUUCCGACGAUCUCGCGAUUAGCAUUAGAAAGACGUACGCGGAGGAGAUCUUCAGCAAAUACCAACAGAACAAGGAGAGCACAGAGAUCGUCAACGAUGUCCAGUCUGUCUUGAAAUGUUGCGGCGUGGACAGCUACAAGGACUUUUUAAACAAAGGUUAUAGUAUUCCGUGGACUUGCUGUAGUGUUCCGGAGGGCAACACCUGUACUAUUGCCGAGGUUGAAAACAAACAGGGUUGCGCAAGAGCGUUGCAGGACGUCUUCAAGUACGCGGGAGCGGCAUUGGGUGGCAUCGCUCUGGGUAUCGCUGCAGUUGAGCUGAUCGGCAUCAUCUUCGCGCUCUGCCUGGCGAAUUCCAUCAAGAACGAGCAUCGCAGAGGCUACAGAGUGUAAGGGAAAAAGCGCUCCAUCCUCGAGGGACGCCGCAUCGCGCGGGAAGCUUUCGAAACGCGCAACAAUCUUAACGUCAUCCUACCGUCAGCGUAUUCGCCUAUAACAUGUGAUAGAAUACUUACACUUUAUAAGAUGAUAAAGUGUUUUUUUCCUUUCUUUCAUUUUCCCCUAUUUUUCUUUUGUUUCUAUCUUUUUUUCCCUUUUUUUCAAAAGACGAGGAGACAAAGCGCCUCUUAUUUCGAGUUUUCCUAUGUAUCGCCAAUUGCGGCUCAAGCGCAAGCGUAUUAUUCGUGAGCAGAGAGAGAGAGAGAGACGUACUUUUUCCUUCCGACUCCUGCAAUCGGAAUCUAAUGUAAAGCUCGAUGCGCGACCUGGCAAUGAAUGUUAGGAUAACUAUUAUGAGCCUCAUACCACUCUUUACUUUUCGUACGAAAGUAAUCCCUUAUUUAUACAUAGAUAUACAUAUAUACGGCUAUUUUGAUACGAUAUCGCUUUUGACUCACAUCUAUUCUCGAUAGAUUUUCAGAAAGGGAAAUCAAUUUUUUUAUGCGAUUUCAUUCAGCCUGAUUGGUGGGAUCGUUUCAGAGUUCACUCGUUCUCGCACACAUUUUGAUCUUCUUCUGAUGCGAUUAAGAGCGCAUCAAAAUGAUUACGACUGCGAAUGAUCACUGCUCGCGGAUUUAUUUGUGUGGUAAUCAAUUGUAGCAGAAGUCGUAUAGCAAUACACGAUGUAAAUAGUAUGUCUCUUUAUUAUUUAUUACACUUUAACUUGAUAAAUAAAAAUAUAAUAAAAAGAUUGAUAUUUUUUUCUGAAUUCUCCGUUACGCUUGUGACGUCUGGUCGUGUCUCAUCGUGUACUGUCGCUUCCCCUCCUGUCAUAACCGACUAUCGCGCAACUCGUGACUAGUGACUCGCAAUCCAUUUAAUAUACUUCCAAUUCCAGCGGAAAAAGUGUGUGCAAACCGUGGUAUGGAACGAGUGCACUCGAGAAACAAAUUGAAAUACCUCACAACGGGAGAGAAAAACCGACAAGUGAUAGUAUUUUAUUAUAGUGUUUUAUGAGAUAAAUGUUUAAAAAGGUAAAAAAAGAAUAUUUUCAUACAGUAAAUUACACACACGAUCGUACCUGGGAAAAUUGUUUGAAAACGUUACUGUUGAACACUUCCGUAAUCUUUGUAUACAACGUUAACACAUCUUGUUUGUACAGCACAAAGUUUACUGCAUAAUUUCGAGAUAUACGAUGUUGAUUAUACAUACACACAUAUCACGAAAAAUAUAUAUUCGUGUAUUCGUCUUGUGAUGAAGCAACGGAAAAAAAAAUCACUCUAUGAGAAAGAGCUCGUCGUUGCCGUGCCUGCGCAUUUUGUACAGCAUCCUUCGGGAAGCAAGCGCUCGACAGCGCGGCGCGGCAAUCAAAGAACAGGGCGGUUGAUGAAGCUGGGCGUGGCGAAGAAAGUAUGUAAAUAAUUUUACCCAAAUAAAAUGUCGAUUUUAUUCAUCGUU